CAAUAAUGUCUGCAAUCUUUCCAGUUUCCUCAUAUCAAUCUUCAAGUUUUCCCAUCACUCUUCUUCCAUUUUUUCUCUCUCAAUAUUCUUUACCUAAGAAUAUAAUAAACUCUAUCUCUGUCCUUACCGCUGAUCCGAAUAUCGCCAAAUGAAUUCAUCCCCAAAUUCUUGCCGCACAACUCGUAGCUUUUAGAUUCUCUUAUUAAUUUUUUCCGCAAAAAAAAAAAAAAAAAGAAUAGUGAUAAAACCACCUUUUACCCAUUGAUUUUCGCCUUUACCAAACUUUUCAUCCACUUUUCUUCUUUCCAACUUUCUCCAGAAAAUGCAGUUGAAUUCAUUUCUGUUUGGAUUAACUGGUUAAUGGGCAUGGCUUAGUUUUUUUAAGCAGCUUCGUGUUCGUGUUAGUGUGGUCAGUUGUGAGAUAAGUGUUUGCUUUUUUGCUUCCAUCAUUUGGAGCACAGAAGUUCCCAUUUUUUCAGUUUGGAUUGUUUACUUUUGUGACAACUAGUUUUUUUUCUCCAUGUGUUUCGUGGAUCUGGGUGAUGGGUGGGACAAUCGGCGAUGAGAUUUAGUGAUAAGCAAAUAUUUUUGAGUAAUCUGCUUUUUAUUUCAUUUAUUUUUUUUGAGUAAUCUGUACGUUGAAUUGGAUUAUGAGCUAAAGAGGGGAGAGAGGAUACUGUAGUCUUUCAUCAUAUCUUGAUUCGGAAUUAUAACCAUGGAUAAUGUUAUCGGUGGCAAGUUUAAGCUGGGGCGCAAGAUAGGUAGCGGAUCGUUUGGUGAACUUUAUUUGGGUAUUAAUGUGCAAAGUGGAGAAGAAGUGGCUGUCAAGCUGGAAUCUGCACAGACCAAGCAUCCUCAACUUCACUAUGAGUCAAAAUUAUACAUGCUUCUUCAAGGAGGAACUGGUAUUCCGCAUCUGAAAUGGUUCGGAGUUGAGGGUGAAUUCAACAUUAUGGUUAUUGACCUUCUUGGACCAAGCUUGGAAGACUUAUUUAAUUAUUGCAAUCGGAGAUUUUCUCUGAAAACAGUAUUGAUGCUUGCAGAUCAAUUACUAAAUAGAGUUGAAUAUAUGCAUUCGCGGGGCUUUCUUCACCGUGAUAUAAAGCCUGACAACUUUUUGAUGGGUUUAGGUCGCAAAGCAAACCAGGUGUAUAUCAUUGAUUAUGGGCUUGCAAAGAAAUUUAAGGAUCUUCAAACACACAAGCAUAUACCAUACAGGGAGAACAAGAAUCUUACAGGGACCGCUCGCUAUGCUAGUGUUAACACUCACCUUGGAGUUGAGCAAAGCAGAAGAGACGAUCUGGAAUCCCUCGGUUAUGUGCUUAUGUAUUUUCUACGAGGAAGCCUUCCCUGGCAAGGCUUAAAAGCAGGAACCAAAAAGCAGAAAUAUGACAAGAUCAGUGAAAAAAAGAUGCUCACACCUAUAGAGGUGCUUUGCAAAUCUUAUCCAUCUGAGUUCACUUCAUAUUUCCAUUAUUGUCGAUCAUUGCGUUUUGAGGACAAACCAGAUUAUUCAUAUCUGAAGAGGCUUUUCCGUGAUCUAUUUAUUCGAGAAGGUUAUCAGUUUGACCACGUAUUCGAUUGGACAAUAUUGAAGUAUCCACAGAUUAGCUCCAGCUCUAGACAACGACCAAAUCUCAAAGCAGCUCUAAAUGCCCCUGGACCAUCUGCUGAGAGAGUUGAAAGGCCUUUAGGGGGACAGGAUAUCCGAGAUAGAUUUUCUGGUGCAGUCGAGGCAUUUGCUAGACGAAAUGGCUCCGGUCUUGGUGAACAGGCUAGACACAGAACCUCAGAUGAUGUGCCAUCACCCAAGGACAUGCACCCUGAUUCUGAAAGACCUUGCUCUUCAUCUCGAAAUGGAAGUACGUCAAAAAGGGCUGUUGUUUCAAGCAACAGACCAAGCUCUUCUGGUGAUUUUACCGAGAAUCGGUCAAGCAGAUUAGUUUCAAGCAGUGCUCGCCUCUCCAUGACACAAAGGGUUCAACCUGGAUUUGAGUCUAAAUCAACUUCGUUUGCUCGUACUGCAGCCACUAGAAGCGGACGUGAUGAUGCACUUAGGAGCUUUGAGCUUCUUACAAUUGGCACUGGAAAAAGGAAAUAAGUGGUAGGGAGUACAUAUGGUAAGAAGGAACCAGUUAUUUCGAGGUUAUAAAGUUUCAUAUCUCAAAAACUCCACUCUGGUUUCACUGCAGCUACUCUGUGCACAUAUAUAUCUGCUUUUGCUGGGCUUCAUCCACAAGUUUACUUCAGUCAAAUUUAUCCAUAGACCAGUUGGGAACUCUGCAUAUACCUCAUCAGGGAUUCUGAUUAGUGGAAUUAUAUUCCCUGUAAGACUUCCUGAAGAGUAGAGAUAAAUGAUCUCACUCUGGGGAAUUGUUCAUAUGUUUAAAACAUCGCUAGUUUUAAUAAUCACCUUCUUUAUGAGUUUCUUUCAGAACAAAAUAAUGCUUAAGAACAAACUAAAGCCUGCUUUGGGCUUCUCUCUGAUGUUUUUUUUAUUUCACAAUGCUUUUCACAUUAUCUGUUGUGAAUGUAUAAAGUUAGCGUUUCUGCAGAGCCUUUGGUCGGUUAGCUUGAGAAGAUGGCACUACUGAGUGAUUGAUUAUUUGGGCGAUUGAUAAUCCACGUACAUAACUUUUAUGAA